AUGCCAGGAAUCACUGUUAAAGACGUCGAUCAGGACAAAGUUGUCCAGGGCGUUGCGCUUUUUCUAAAGAAAUCCGGCAAAUUGAAGGUUCCCGAUUAUAUUGAUCUGAUCAAAACUGCUAAGUACAAGGAACUUGCCCCCACAGAUCCGGACUGGUUCUACGUGCGGUGUGCCUCGAUUUUGCGACGAUUAUAUCAUCAAAGUCCAUCGGGUGUUGGUUCGAUAACUCGUAUCUAUGGAGGUCGUCAGCGUAACGGUGUUCGCCCAUCACAUUUCUGUCGUGCUGAUGGUAGUGCUACCCGAAAAGCUGUUCAAGCACUGGAACAAAUCAAAUUAAUCGAAAAACAUCCAGAAGGUGGUCGCAAAUUAACCAGUCAGGGCCAGCGUGAUUUGGACCGCAUUGCCGCUCAGAUUAUUAGCAAACAGCGGGCAGCCUUGAAAAAGGAAGCUGCCACCAUUGUACUGGCUUAAACUACAUUGUUUACACUUAAAGAUGUAAGAGUAUAAAUGAAUGAUACAAAUUUA